AUGGUGAUAGACAAUGGUCUUGAGGGAUGGCUGCGGUACUCUGCACUUCCCGCAGUAUUUAGCAACACUCAACGGCGUUAUUCAAGCAUCAUUGUCCUGAACAAGGAUGAGACGAGCCCUGUUUACACGGCCGGAAAAGAGCUACAAGAUGGUCUGAAACGCAUCUUGGGUCAACAUGUUGACAUUGAUUUUGUAUUGACCGGUUCACCUACCUCCAUCGUCGUCGGCACUCUUGGCGCAUUCUCAUCAGCCGGUGGCGACACCCAAGAUAUCCCCGCACUUAAAGAGGAUGGUUUUUGGCUCCAAACAGAUGCAGCCAACGACUGCGUCCACAUCAUCGGUCAGAAUGAGCGCGGUGCUAUUUAUGGUGCUUUUGAGUAUCUGAUGCGUCUGGCACAAGGAAACUUCACACCUGUCGCAUCUGCAAACAAUCCGAGUGCUUCUAUUCGAUGGGUGAAUCAAUGGGACAACCUAGAUGGAAGUAUUGAGCGCGGAUAUGCGGGUCCGUCUAUCUUCUUCAAAGAUGGUGAGGUUGUUAAGGACAUGACCAGAAUUUCUCAGUUCGCUCGUCUCCUCUCAUCGAUCCGGAUCAAUGCUGUCGUCAUCAACAACGUCAAUGCCAACCCCAAGCUUUUCAGCGAGACAAAUCUCAAUGGUCUCCGUCGCAUUGCAGAUGCUAUGCGGCCUUGGGGCGUACGUAUUGGUAUAUCACUAUACUUCGACUCUCCCAAGGAGUUUGGUGGUCUUCCUACCUCUGACCCCUUGGACCCCGCUGUCAACGACUGGUGGAAGAAGAUCACAGCCAAGGUGUACGAGAACGUCCACGAUCUCGUCGGAUACACAAUCAAGGCCAACUCUGAGGGUCAGCCAGGGCCCCUAACGUAUAAACGCACCCUGGCCGAUGGGGCCAACAUGUUUGCCCGAGCUUUGAAACCUCACGGUGAUGGUGUUGUCAUGUACCGUGCCUUCGUGUACAACCACCACCUCGACGAGUCUGUGUGGAAACACGAUCGGGCCAAUGCAGCUGUCGACUUCUUCAAAGAUCUAGACGGCUUCUUCGAAGACAAUGUCAUCGUCCAGAUCAAAUGGGGCCCCAUUGAUUUCCAAGUCCGCGAGCCGCCCUCUCCCUUAUUGGCCAACCUCAGGAAAACCAAAGCUGCUAUUGAGUUCCAGGUCGCGCAGGAGUAUCUCGGUCAACAGUCACAUUUUGUUUACAUGGCGCCGCUCUGGAGAGAGAUACUUGACUAUGACAUGAGGAUCGACGGCAAAGACUCCCACAUCCGGGACAUUGUCUCUGGCGAACGCCUUGGUUGGAGCCGCAGCGGCUACACCGCGGUCCUCAACAUCGGAAGUGAUACAACCUGGAUUGGUAACCAUCUCUCUAUGUCCAACAUGUACGCAUACGGCCGUAUUGCCUGGGACCCCCUCUCGGAUCCAGUGUCUAUGAUCCAAGACUGGGCACGUCUCACCUUUGGCCUACACAAGAUCAUUGUUGAUACAAUUACCAAGAUAUCCAUGGAAUCCUGGCCCACGUAUGAGAAUUAUAGCGGAAAUCUGGGUAUCCAGACACUCUGCGACAUCAUCUACACUCACUACGGUCCCAGUCCCGGAUCGCAGGAUGGCAAUGGGUGGGGUCAAUGGACCCGCGCCAACGCGCAUUCAAUCGGUAUGGAUCGAACCGUUGCUACCGGAUCUGGGAAUUCAGGCCAAUACCCCCCUGAAAUUGCCGCUAUGUACGAGAAUAUCGAAACAACUCCUGAUAAUCUUCUCCUCUGGUUCCACCAUGUGCCUUACACCCAUCGCCUGAAGUCCGGCAAGACAGUUAUCCAACAUUUCUACGACGCACACUACGAGGGUGCCACGAAUGCACAAUCUUUCCUAGUGGAAUGGGCGAAAUUAAAGGGCCUCAUCGACGACCACCGCUUUGACCAUGUCGCAUUCAAGUUGGAAUAUCAGGCCGGUCAUGCACUUGUCUGGCGAGACUCUGUUAACUACUUCUAUUUCGCAAAAUGUGGGAUUCCAGAUGAGAAGAAUCGCGUCGGAAAUCACCAGUGGCGCAUACAAGCCCAGGACAUGCAGUUGUCCGGCUACAAGGUUGUCUCAGUGACACCCGUCGAGGCGGCGUCUCAGGGGAAGGCCAUUAUCACCAAGACGAACGAUGCACCUGGUAUUGCCCAGAAGGAACUUUCAUGCCUAUCUGGCACCUAUGAUAUUGCAGUCAACUACUACGACCAUCUUGGUGGACGGUCCAAGUAUGAAAUUUUUCUCGGAGAGAAAUUGAUUGGAGCCUGGACGGGUGAUCUGGAAGAUAAGCUGGGGCAUGAUUUCUCGGAGUUUUUGGAUGGUCACUCUGCAACAAGAAUUACUUUCCGCGGAAUCAAGGUGGAAAAUGGUGACUUGCUUAAGAUUAUUGGUCAACCUGAUGGCAGUGAACUUGCUCCAUUGGACUAUGUUUCUGUCUUGCCGAAGGGUGCCAUUGAUUAA